AUGGUUCAUGAUUUCAGUCUCAACCUAAUCAUUAGAGCCUUCACUUUUCUCUUUAUACCAAUCUUCUUCGUCUACUCCGCAACUUCAUCUCCCUUUAAACAAAAAUCCUCCAUUAAUGUAUGGCCAAAGCCAAGAACCGUUUCGUGGUCUCAACCACAAGUCCAUCUCCUCUCCCCCACCUUUUCCAUCGCCUCGCCAUACCACUGCUACCUCACGGCCGCCGCCAACCGCUAUCGCGGGCUGAUUCUGGCUGAGCACCAUCGACCAUUGGUUGCGCCUUCUGUCGCCCUCAAUACCUCGGCUACCCCAUUGCAGGCCCUCAGUGUGGAUGUGGCCGAUCUCACCGCGCCCCUCCACCAUGACGUCGAUGAGUCAUACUCUCUCCUCAUCCCCGCCAACGGCAGCGUCGCCCGUCUGACUGCCGGAACAGUAUGGGGAGCCAUGAGAGGCCUCGAGUCCUUCUCCCAACUCGUCUGGGGGAGUCCCUCGGUCGUCGCAGUCGGUAUCCAUUUGUCGGAUUCGCCGCUUUUUGGACAUAGGGGACUGAUGCUCGAUACCGCAAGAAAUUAUUAUCCUGUGGGAGACAUACUGAGGACGAUAGCCGCCAUGAGCGCCAACAAGCUCAACGUCUUCCAUUGGCACGUCACUGAUUCCCAUUCUUUCCCGUUGGCUGUGCCUUCGGAGCCGGAUCUCGCAGAGAAGGGCUCUUACGGAUCGGACAUGCAGUAUUCGCCCGACGAUGUGGCGCGAAUUGUGGAGUUUGGGCUUCAACACGGCGUAAGAGUUAUGCCGGAAAUCGACUCUCCAGCUCAUACUGGAUCUUGGGCCGAAGCAUAUCCAGACAUAGUGACUUGUGCCAACAUGUUUUGGUUGCCAGCCGGGGCACCAUGGAAGGAUCGCCUCGCGGCCGAACCAGGAACCGGUCAACUAAACCCAUUACACCCCAAAACCUACGAAGUCGUCAAAAACAUCAUAAACGACGUUAUUAGAUUAUUCCCUGAACCGUUUUACCAUGGGGGUGCUGACGAGGUCAUCCCCAACUGUUGGAAAUCAGAUCCAACCAUCCAAUCCAUGUUAUCCAAUGGUGGAACUCUUACUCAACUCUUGGAGACUUUCAUCAACUCCACCUUGCCAUAUAUAACCUCCCUCAAUCGUACGGUUGUAUACUGGGAGGACGUUUUACUCGAUGAAACCAUCCGGGUUGACCCAAAAUUUCUUCCUCAAGAGAACGUCAUUUUACAGACGUGGAAAAACGGCCAUAACAACACGAAACACAUUGUUUCAGCAGGGUACCGUACGAUCAUCUCGUCGGCGGAGUUCUAUUAUUUGGACUGUGGCCACGGUGACUUUACAGGGAACAACGACAUUUACGACAUACAAACUGGCACGACUGAGAAUGAUGGUGGGUCAUGGUGCGGUCCAUUCAAGACUUGGCAAACAAUAUACAACUAUGACAUCCUUUACGGGUUGAGUAAAGAAGAGUCUAAAUUGGUGCUCGGUGGUGAGGUUGCGCUUUGGUCAGAGCAGGCUGAUCAGACAGUUCUUGACUCUCGGGUUUGGCCUCGGGCUUCUGCGUUGGCCGAGGUGUUGUGGUCUGGAAACCGCGAUGAGAACACUGGGAUAAAGAGGUCUGCAGAAGCCACUGAUCGGUUGAACGAGUGGAGAAGCAGAAUGGUGAAGAGAGGAAUUGGAGCAGAACCUAUUCAACCACUUUGGUGUGUUAAAAAUCCGGGAAUGUGCAACACAGUCAACUAG